AUGGUGGACGACACCGUCACAUCUCCUCCUCCUCCUUCUUCAUCCUCCGCUCCCGUUCCUAUCGGCUCCGGCGUGAUCUCUUUGGUAAACCGACUUCAAGACAUUUUCUCCCGCGUCGGAACCCAAUCGGCAAUCAACUUACCCCAAGUGGCGGUUGUCGGCAGUCAGAGCAGCGGCAAGUCUAGCGUUCUUGAAGCUCUCGUCGGCCGUGACUUUCUUCCGCGUGGUAACGAAAUCUGUACCAGACGACCUCUUGUUCUUCAGCUCGUUCGGAGUUCUGAACCGUCAGAUGAAUACGGCGAGUUCCUCCAUUUGCCCGGGAAGAGGUUUUAUGAUUUCUCUGAUAUUCGUAGGGAAAUUCAGGCUGAAACUGAUAGGGAAGCGGGAGAAAACAAGGGCGUCUCAGACAGGCAGAUCCGUUUGAAGAUUGUUUCACCAAAUGUUUUGGACAUGACACUUGUAGAUCUCCCAGGUAUUACAAAGGUUCCUGUUGGGGAUCAGCCUUCUGAUAUUGAAGCCCGGAUCAGAACAAUGAUCAUGUCAUAUAUCAAAGAGCCCUCCUGUCUUAUUCUAGCUGUCACACCGGCAAAUUCAGACUUGGCUAAUUCAGAUGCUCUUCAGAUGGCAGGAGUGGCUGAUCCCGAGGGUAAUAGAACGAUUGGCGUAAUUACAAAGUUGGAUAUCAUGGACAGAGGUACCGAUGCUCGAAAUCUGUUACAAGGAAAAGUUAUUCCCCUCCGACUUGGCUAUGUUGGUGUUGUAAAUCGUAGUCAGGAGGAUAUUCAAAUGAACCGAAGUAUAAAAGAUGCUCUUGUUGCUGAAGAGAAAUUUUUCCGCAGCCGUCCUGUUUACAACGGUCUAGCAGAUAGUUGUGGUAUACCUCAACUAGCAAAAAAGUUAAACCAGAUUCUAGCACAACAUAUCAAAGCUGUGCUACCUGGGCUGAGAGCACAUAUAAGCACUAACCUAGUUACUGUUGCAAAAGAGCAUGCGAGCUAUGGAGAAAUCACGGAGUCUAAGGCUGGUCAGGGUGCUCUUCUCCUGAACAUUCUUUCAAAAUAUUGUGAAGCAUUCUCCUCCAUGAUUGAGGGAAAGAAUGAGGAGAUGUCUACAUCCGAGUUAUCUGGUGGGGCACGAGUUCACUAUAUUUUUCAAUCCAUCUUUGUCCGGAGUUUAGAGGAGGUAGAUCCAUGUGAAGGCUUGACUGAUGACGAUAUUCGUACUGCCAUACAAAACGCAACUGGGCCAAGAUCAGCAUUGUUUGUACCAGAAGUACCAUUUGAAGUCCUAGUGCGAAGGCAAAUAUCUCGUCUAUUGGAUCCAAGUCUUCAGUGUGCCAGAUUUAUAUAUGAUGAAUUAAUAAAGAUGAGCCAUCGCUGUAUGGUGACUGAACUGCAGAGGUUCCCUUUCUUACGGAAGCGCAUGGAUGAAGUUAUAGGAAACUUUUUACGGGAAGGCCUUGAACCAUCAGAGAACAUGAUUGCUCACAUCAUGGAGAUGGAGAUGGACUACAUAAAUACUUCACACCCAAAUUUUGUUGGUGGAAGUAAGGCAUUAGAAAUUGCAGUGCAACAGACCAAAUCUUCUAGGGCUGCCUUAUCAGUUUCUAGGCCAAAGGAUGCUCUGGAAUCUGAUAAGGGAUCAGCCUCUGAAAGAAGUGUGAAGUCUCGGGCUAUUCUUGCAAGACAAGCUAAUGGAGUUGCUGAUUCGGCUGUCCGUGCUGUAUCAGACACUGAAAAAAUUGCAGCUUCUGGAAACACUAGUGGAUCAAGUUGGGGUAUCUCAUCCAUUUUUGGUGGAGGUGGUGAUAAGUCUCUAAAAGAGAGUGCUGCUAGUAAACAAGAAGCUGAACCAUUUCAUAGCAUGGAACAAUCAUUUACUAUGAUCCAUUUGACAGAGCCACCUCCUAUCUUGCGGCCUUCUGAUAGUAAUUCAGAGACUGAAACUGUUGAAAUUACAGUAACAAAGUUGCUUUUGAAAUCGUACUACGACAUUGUCAGGAAAAACGUUGAGGAUCUUAUCCCCAAAGCAAUUAUGCACUUCUUGGUAAACAACACCAAGAGAGAGCUACACAAUGUCUUCAUUAAAAAGCUAUACAGAGAUAACCUGUUUGAAGAGAUGCUACAAGAACCUGAUGAGGUAGCCUUGAAAAGAAAGCGAUGUAGAGAACUUCUCCGAGCGUAUCAGCAAGCAUUUAAGGACUUGGAGGAGCUGCCCAUGGAAGCUGAAACACUUGAAAGAGGAUACAGUUUACCUGAAACAACUGGUCUACCCAAAAUUCAUGGACUACCAACAUCAUCAAUGUAUUCAUCAAGUAAUAUUGGAGAUUAUUAUGGAGCUUCUCCUAAGCACCCUAAAUCGAAAAGGUCUUCUCAUUCUGGGGAACUUCAAUCUCCGUUUUAUGCUAAUGCAGAUUCCAAUGGAAAUGGGAAACAAUCCGCCUCAGGUUUUUAUCCCACGCUUGAUACAUAA